AGUCCGAGGCGGUCUCAGACGUCCACCAUACUGGACGUUUUAGCCAAGGCGUACUUGCCCACGAUAGAGAGUUUCCACAACCACAGUGCACCGCCCACCAAAGUACAUUUAUUAAACUCGUUGACAAAGCUAUCCGAACGGGAACUAGUCCAUCUGAUCAACUGGGCCAAGAAUGUUCCAGGCUACACAGACUUGUCCCUUAGUGACCAGGUCCACCUCAUCGAAUGUUGCUGGAUGGAACUUCUACUGUUGAAUUGCGCAUAUAGGUCAAUGGACCAUGGCGGAAAACGACUGGCUUUCGCAUCAGACCUUAUACUAGAAAGGCCUCACUGGGAAACCGUUGGUAUGUCCGAAAUAUUUGAACAAGUUGCGGCGGUGUCUGAACAAAUGGUUCAGUGCCAUCUCCACAAGGAUGAACUUCUCUUGCUACAAGCCACAGUUCUCGUUAACGCUGGUAAGAUACUAAUGCUUUUCUUUAUUUAAGUUUAUCUAAUUUAAUU